UAGUUCAGCACAGAUGUCGCGAUCCAUGUUAAACCCCACGGCUGUCGCCACUGUCCCUCCAGUUUUGAGGCCACCUAGUCAGCCUCCAUCCAACAGGUCUCUAAACCAGCACGCUGCCACUUUAGAGGACACGCAGAUGGUGACUGUGUUUUCACAAAAACGGGAGCUGUUGAGCAGUCUAUCUCAGGAGUCUUUAGCCCAACAUGCAAAGCUUGCUGUACCAAAGCACUUAGCUGUCAUCAUGGAUGGAAAUUCACGAUGGGCGAAGACGAAGGGGUUGCCGACAGCAUUUGGUCACGAAAAGGGGGUGGACUCGCUGCUCAAUCUGGUGAAGAUGUGCGUUCGAUGGGGGGUGGUCGCGCUGACCGUGUAUGCCUUCUCUACAGAGAACUGGCUCCGACCGAAGGGAGAGGUGGACAUGCUGAUGGGGCUUUUUGAGCGCGUCCUUCAACAAAAUCUGGCUGCCCUAGAACGGGAAAACAUCUGCCUGAGGGUCGUUGGAGAGAUUCACCGCCUGCCCCCCUCCCUGCAAAGAGCGGUCGCAGAAGCGCACGAACGGACAGCCGGGAACACUGCCCUUCUUUUCACAAUUGGGGUCAGCUACAGUGGCCGGCAGGACCUUGUUCAAGCCUGUCAAGCUCUGGCACGCAAAGUCAGCGAAGGCGGGCUGGACCCGUCCGAGAUCACCGAGGCGUCCAUAAGCGCGCAACUAGGUAUGGCGACGGAAAACUCAGGUUGGCGAGGGGAACCGGUCGGGGAUCCGGACCUCUUGCUUCGGACAAGCGGCGAACAGAGGCUGAGCAACUUCCUGCUGUGGCAGCUUGCGUACACGGAGCUGUUCUUCAUGGACACUCUGUGGCCGGACUUCGGGGAGGCGGACUUUGUGAAGGCGCUCGAACAUUAUAGUCGAAGAGAACGCCGCUUUGGUGGCAGGCGGUAGAGAAGUCUCCAUUGCAACCUAUUGUAGUCAGUGUACGCGGCACUGUACUACGUUGGGAGAGAUUGGAGCCCGAGUCAGAAUUGUGGGACGGCCUAGGCGGCCUGAUCACGUGAAUGGUUGCCGUCGAUGUUUC